AUGGAUGAGGGUCCCCUGGAUGAAUUUCAGGGUCUGAAAGGGCAUCUUUUGGUCGAGGCAGUGUUUGGCAAGUACGGGGCCGGCACCGCGACCAUUCCAUGGCUGCUGAAUGGGAAGGAGCGUGCGAUCAAGCCUGAUAGCACCAACAGGCCAAUCAUGGAAUCUCUGGCUGAAGCGUAUGCGGACCGGAUCCUCACUUCGGGAUUGAAUGUUGACUGUUCAGGACGGGCAUGGAUGGUCUUUGGGCAGAACAACAGCCUGCCGGUCCAUGCCAUUACCUUCAAUCACAGGUCUGAGGCCAUGUACCGUGCUUUGACCCGGGACCCAGAGAGCCCCUAUGUCAAGAAGGCUUUGAGCACCGGAUUGGAAUCAGUCAGGAUGCUUCGGCCUGAUACCCCAGACAGUGUCCGUCGAAUGCUGUGUUCCAUGCACAACCAAUAUCAUGAAGGCACCGGCGAGACCUGGCUGGCCCUAUUGGACAAGGCGGAGGAGUUGAUGGAAGCUUGGGACGCCAAAAACAAUGGUCCGGGAGGCUCUGGGCUCACAACCCGGCACAAAGAAUACGAUACCUGCUUGGAAAGGUUCCUCUUCAAAGAGAAACAGGCCACUGCUUGGGGUGGCAGCCUCAAUUUUUUCAAGUCGACGACCAUCCUGAACAACUACUUGACCAAGUUUGCGGUCAAGGAUGAAGUCCGUCGCUUUUGCAACGAGCGGAUGAAUUUCGCGGAUUUCAAGCUGGUGAACAGGCCAGGGCAGAACGGGGGCUUGGGAUUGUGGUGA